AUGCCGCUCCUGCGAUCGGUGGCCAUACGCCAACGCACCACCAGAAGCACUCUAGCAGUGCUGAGCAGCCCAUCAUGGCAAUCUCGAAGCUCAUCUAGCUCUUCCACGCUCAAUCAUCUCCCCGAAUCACGACUGAAUCCCAGCCCUGACGACUACGCCUCCCCUAACUUUGCAGACAAAGCCGACCUAACAAUCUAUGCUGGACGUGGGGGAAACGGUUGCGUAUCCUUCCUCCGCGAAGCCUUCCUACCAGAUGGUCCUCCCAACGGCGGCGAUGGAGGAGCUGGCGGAAACAUCUACAUCCAAGCAGCGCAUGGCGAAACGUCACUACACAAGCUAGCAAGACGCCGGUUCAUCCGUGCAGGACGCGGCAAACAUGGCCAGGGAAGUGCAAAGGGUGGCGCACGCGGAGAAGAUGUCAUCAUCACCGUCCCCGUAGGAACGAUAGUCAGAGAGCUUGAAAGGGAGGAUCCCGCCGCGGACGAAGCUAUGAACAUCAAGGCAUACAUGGCAUUGCAAAAGCAGCGAAGAAAAGAAGAGCUUCUGCUCGAAGAGGAAAAGAGGAAAAGGGCAGAGGAUCUCGGAGAGCUGGAAAAUGAAGAGAUUCUCGACAGAAAGGGCCGGCCAAAAUUGGCGCCGGAAGAGGAAGAAGAAGACGUCGAAGUCGACGACCCAACCCGCCAGAAAUGGCUCCUAUACCCUGGAAUGUCCAAGUCCGAAAUGAAAAGUACUUCAUUUCCACGCCUACCACGCCGACACCCAUUCCUCCAACAACCACCGGCCCCAAUCUAUCUCGACUUAUCGCGCCCUACGCCACGGCCUAUCCUCCUCGCAGCAGGCGGAAUAGGCGGCCUGGGAAACCCACACUUCACAUCGCGAGAGCAUCCCAAGCCUAUAUUCGCUACAAAGGGUGAAGAAGCCGUAUCUAUGAAAGUCACACUGGAAUUGAAACUUCUCGCAGACGUUGGCCUGGUUGGUCUCCCAAACGCAGGGAAGAGCACACUUCUGCGAGCAUUGACGAACAGCCGUACUAGAGUGGGUAGCUGGGCAUUUACUACGCUACAGCCCAACAUAGGAACAGUAGUGCUGGACAAGUAUUCUGGCCAACCCACGGCACGGAGCCACAAAAAGCCAAGCGUAGAGUCGGACGAGGCGUCAGACGCAGCCCUCGAGCAUAGGACACGAUUCACUGUUGCCGAUAUCCCAGGUCUUAUUGAGGGUGCCCAUCUGGAUCGCGGGCUAGGAAUCGCCUUUUUGCGUCACGUCGAACGAGCGGGCGUGCUGGCCUUUGUAAUCGACCUGGCAGCAGGGGAUGCAGUCACUGCACUGAACGCACUGUGGCGGGAGGUCGGUCUCUACGCUCAAAUGCGGGACGAGGAGGAACGUGAUCGUGAGGCAGAGUCCAGAGUCGAUUGGGACUUUGCAUCGGAUCCCUCCAGAGGACCGAUUAACCUCAUGAACGCAGAGUACUCCGGUUCUUCUGUGUUUGAAGGAGCUUCGACUCCGCCAGGCCUCCAUAUUGCCGGGAAGCCGUGGUUUGUGGUCGCCACCAAGGCGGAUUUACCGAGCACGCAGGCGAACUUCAGCGAGUUGAAGGCGUAUCUGGAUAAGAUCACGGAUGGGCACGCUGCUCAUCCGAGCGGUGUGGAGGGUGCUUGGACGAAGAAGUGUGCUGCUAUUCCGGUGAGUGCAAUUCAUGGACAAGGCGUCGAUAGGAUAGUACAUUGGACUGUAGGAUUACUAGAUGAGUAG